GUCAUACGACUGGCUCUCUCACGGAAUAAUAUUUUGAAGCUAUGCAAACUGUUUUAUGUUUUUAAAUGUAUAUUUGUUUAGCUUUUAUACAUUUAAACACCUAACAUUUCUCUGAAUGAAAUGAACUUACAACAACAUGAAUGUAUUUUUGUUAAAGCCCACUAGAGGGCUAAAUAUGCGGUUUUGUCGUUGUCCUGAGCUAUGCGGGGUUGGAGGAAUCAACACAAGGGAACAUUUGCUCGCAGGCCAAGGCACGUAGUACACAUUUCUGCAGAGGCACAGCAAACCUGUCACUGUCCAGUGUGCUCGAGACACAACCGCAGCUGAAGCUUCCGUCCAAACGCGCAAUUCACUGUUGAGUUAGCUUCCCUUUCUGAAAGUGUGUGAAGACUUAUUCGCGAUAAUAUCUGUUUCCUGAUUUCGUUAUGUCUUCAAUCUAGAGGUUUUAUUCAUUCUAACGUAAGUUUUGGUGCACAACACAGUGGGACAUCAUGGCUGAGGAGGAGCUCAUGUUUAGCAUGGAGGAGGUGAGCAGUUCCCGGGAUGGACCUAGGAAUGGAUGUACUAAGAGUAGAAUAUGUUUUGAAGAUUCUAAUGCAAGUGAUGAUGAUGAUGAUGAUGACCUCCGCAUCUGCCCCAUCACUGACGACCCUAUAAGUCCAACCAAAGGCUUCUGUGACUACCCAAAGAACCUAGUUCGCAACCAGCAGCUUUCUAAUUCAUUGCCCAAAAACUUGUUUACAUACAAGAACAAAAAUGACAAUGAGCAGGACGUCAGGUUUGGCUCUUUAACUGAGAAAGGCCGGGCUACGUGGAAACAUGCUAUUCAGAAAGCCAAAGCCAUGCCAGAUCCUUGGGCUGAGUUCCAUCUGGAGGAAAUCGAGACAGAGCGCUGUACUCGAUACAGAUACAAUGCGGUUACUGGUGAAUGGGCAAAAGAUGACAUAUUUAUCAAGAUCUCCUCUCAGCCAUUUGGAAAAGGAGCCAUGAGAGAAUGCUUCAGAUCGAAGAAGUUAUCAAACUUUUCCCACAGCAACAACUGGAAAUCAGCCUCAAACUACGUGGCUAAGCGCUACAUGGAGACUGUGGACAGAGAAGUUUACUUUGAGGAUGUGAGGUUACAAAUGGAGGCUAAAUUAUGGGGUGAGGAGUUCAAUCGCCACAGGCCUCCCAAACAGGUUGACAUCAUGCAGAUGUGUGUUGUUGAAAUGACUAGUCGCCCUGGGAGCCCUUUGUUUCACCUGGAACACUACAUUGAGGGGAAGUAUACAAAGUACAACUCCAACUCUGGUUUUGUGAGGGACGAUAACAUACGGCUUACACCCCAGGCAUUUAGUCAUUUCACAUUUGAGCGCUCUGGACACCAGCUGAUAGUGGUGGACAUUCAAGGUGUUGGGGACCUUUAUACAGACCCUCAGAUCCACACUGAGAAGGGGACUGACUUUGGAGAUGGCAACCUGGGUGUGCGUGGCAUGGCUCUUUUCUUCCACUCUCACCUGUGUAAUAAGAUCUGCAGGAGUAUGAGCCUCACUCGCUUUGACCUGUCCCCUUCUGAAUAUGCACAGCUGGACUGCACCAACAAAUUGCUGCAGAAUUCAGCUCAGACUGUCCUCCGUGGAUGUGAAGAGCAGUGUGGUUCCCCCAGGGUGCGGACAACCUCUCUCGGCCACAUGCCUGUUCUCCUGUCCCGGCUCUCUGAGACUUCCUCAGUUGAUGAAAACAGCGAAACAGACUCGAUUCCCUGUUCUCCACUUAGUAUGGGUGUCUCUGCAGGCCGAUCACCCAUGGGCUGGUCAUUUAUGAAUGAAAUGAAUGAGACACAUCGAGCCAACACAGAUCAAAAGGACUCAGAGAAUGGAGGAGACAGUGGUUACCCUAGUGAGAAACGCAGUGAAGGAGACUUAGUGGAACAUCACAGCCAGGGACGUCCCUUCUACAACAGACAUUUCUCAGAAUCGGAUGAAGACAGUGUUCGUCGGCUGACAGAAGAAAAAUGGAGUUUUUACCAUUCAUCUCGCUCCCACAUACACAGACCAUCUUGUGUGGCAAUGGAGGUGGAGAGACUUAAUGCUAUGCUUAUUGAAAGGAAAAUUGGCAAAUCCAUCCUUGGCAAGGUUCAUCUGGCCAUGGUCCGCUACCACGAGGCUGGGCGCUUCUGUGAGAAGGAUGCCCCGUGGGACGAGAUUUCUGCAAUGUAUCAUCUGGAGAGGGCCGCCAUGUGUGGGGAGCUCGAGGCUAUAGUUGCCCUUGGCCAGUGUUAUCUUCAGCUGCCACAUCACAUUCUACAAGAGAUAGAAUUAGAGGCAUCUGAGGAAAACAGCAAGAAGGGCUUCCACUUCCUGCUGCAGGCCGCUGAGGCAGGAGACCGGCAGAGUAUGAUUCUAGUGGCACGAGCAUUCGACACGGGUCUGAAGCUCCCUUCUGAUAGGGCUAUGGACUGGACACGCGCCGUGCACUGGUACGACUCUGCCCUUAAGAUGAUGGACUAUGACGAGGGCGGAGAGUUUGAUGGGAUGCAGGAUGAGCCACGCUACCUUCUGUUGGCACGAUUGGCUGAGAUGUACCAGGAGGGAGGGUUCAACCUAGAUGCAGACCCCCAAAGAGCAGGUGAUCUUUUCACCGAGGCAGCUGAUGCAGCUAUGGAGGCAAUGAAGGGCAGACUGGCCAAUCAGUACUACAUGAAAGCAGAGGAAGCAUGGGCUAUGAUGGAAGAAUGAAAGUGCUGAUUUGCAAAAAACAAACAAAAAAACAUGAAAAUGCUUCAUAUUUUGCACCCAGCUCCUGUUUACAUGCUGUUUUCAGUGGUCCAUUUGACUUGAUAAUGUUGAUCUUGGAUCUGUUUUCUAAUGAAUGUGACGAGGGCAUACGCUGAUUCUAGAUCAGUGAUAUACUGAGGUGCUAAAUACGCAUACUCUCUUGGUUAAUUUUUCAUUAAGAAUAGUUGGACAGUGUCUGCAGCCUGUUCUGCCUGCUUCGUGGGAAUUUGGGAUAUGUGCAUUACCUGCCAGUGAUUUUGUUCUUUUUUCUAAAAGGCCAACUGGAUGUUUUCUUUAUAAACCUAUUGUGACUGUUAAAAAAGGGCAUCACUGAUGAUUUGACAUACUUCUGUAAAAUUCAUUUACUAGUAUUGUUAAAUCUGACGUGGAAGGAUUUUAAGCAUUAAAAGUUAUUGCUGAGUUUUAACCUCAGCAAUAACUUUUAAUCACUGAUACUGUCAAAAACAACUUUCAGAAUUCACCAUAAUGAAGGAGUGUACCAGUGUGUGUAAUCCUUUUUGCUGUUUUUUAAUGAGUACUAGAUUAAAUAAUAAAAAUAAUUUUUAAAAAGUA